CUGCCGUUGGACCUUUCCCAGGGCGUUGUACGCAUCACCAAGCGUCGUCAGGCUCGGCUCCAGGCUGCUACCAGCCCACCAUCGCUCGCGACUAACCAGAAUCAAGGUCGCGUGGUGUAAUACCUCCGCUUCCGGAUCUGGGCACGCUGUUCCGGACGCGGCCCGUCCCUUCUAUAUCCGGAUACUCGCAGGAGAUUCGGCCGAAAGUUGGGUGGCGCAAGGCUCGCGUGGCCGUCGCCGGUGGCCACGCUCGGCCAAGUCGCCAUCGAGCAGCAAGCGCUUUGCUAUCGUCUCUGCUUUCAGCGCCAGCGAGAAGCGUCUCUUCUGCGUCCAGCGGCCACGCAGCGACGCGUGUCGGCUGCGUCAACAACGCGCUCGGCAAAUAGGGUUGGGUGUUUCUAUCCGGUAAAAGUUGGGUGUUUUUAUUUUUCGUUCGCCCGGCUCCAGCAACAAUGGCCAACGGCAGUGCAGCGUCGCCGGAUGGGUUCCCGACCAAGUGCAAGGACUGGAAGCACCUUGACGAAGAGCUCGAGCGCUACAUGCACAAGACCAACUCGUGCUUUGUGGCCAAGCGCACGCAGAAGAUGCAGUCAUACCUCAACCAGAUGGACAAGAAGCGCAAUGGCCGCGAAAAGACGCGGUCCCGGCGCUUCUUCCAGAGCGCCACGAUCGCACUGCCCGAGUACCGGCGGAAGGAGUUCAUGUGCGUCGAGGGCGAAAAGUCACACGCGACGUCGGGCGACAAGUGCCCAUUCCGCUUCAUUGCGCAGACCGAGUGGGAUGCGAAGCGCAAGGAAUAUUCGAUCCAGAUCGUCCAGAAGAACCUUGUGCACAACCACGAGCUCUCGGCCGAGGCCUGGCGACGAUACCCGUCCGUGAAGCGCAUGCUCUGGGACGAGUCGUGCCAAUACCUCUUGGAGAUCACGCACGCGGUCAAAGGCUCGCGCUCCGAGCUCUUCAAGCUCAUUGAGAAGAAGCAUCCGGGCGUGUUUACGAUGAAGGACAUCCACAACCGGUUCAGCGCGUUGACGCAAGCGGCGAACGCGGCGAACGCGACCAACCCGGAAUCGACCGAGAACAUGGAGAUUCCGAUGCCGUCGUCGGUGCACGCCGGCAUGACCGAGGCGCAGCUGCUGCAAGCCGCCAGCAACGAGCUCGUCCAGCAGCAGCUCGCGCAACAGCAAGCGUCGGCGCACGCGCUCGUGGACCAGCAACUGCUCGAGAACAACGCGAUGGCCGCGACUCAGCUCAUUCAGGCGCUCAACGGCACGGACGCCGACAACCACAAGUACGAGAUGCCCGCCGGCAGCGAGAACCACCACUUGAUGCCGGAAUCGCUGCAUGGCAGCGACGCCCAUCUCAUGGUCCAAGCCAUGGAGGACGACGACGACGACGACGACGCCUUGCCCCACGACCCAACGACGCAGCUCUCCAUCUAAGAACACCUUGUUGAUCGAUGUCUUUAUCCCGCGAUGGCGAAUACAACUCCUAUUCUUACGUAGUUCA